CGCGCGCGACUUGGUCAUGCGCAUCUCGGAUCAGAAUCGAACAAGUAGUGGGGAUUAAGCCUGACCGCCUGAAAGAAUGCAUUGCGAAUGUCGCGAAAGCUCUUACAAACUUGUUAACCGGGAACGUAUCUACUUGCUGGCGGUUGUACAAUAUAUAAUAUAAUACGCUGUUGUGGCUGUACCUCCCCGAAAAUAGGGUGAGAGGGGGGGGGAAAAAAAUACGGCAACAAACCAUCAGGAUCAACAACAACAACAAAAACCACGAGAAACCGCGAGACGUUUACAUCGAGAUCGUAUGUUUUUCCUGCUAAUCAAAAACCGUAAAAGUAUAAAUCGUAUGUAACAUUUUAAUUAUCACUAAAACAGUGAUGAACAAGUACUCAAGAAAAUAAACUACGUGUCAUUGUUUAUCGAGUGCGGCGGGAUCGACGGCACUGGAUCGUAAUAUCAUUGUUAUGACAGCAACGUGAGUGAGUCCCAUCGUCCUGUGAUACGAUACGAUAGUACCAUCGCUAUACGACCACCGUUACUAUACUGCAGCUAUUACGUUUGAAAUACCAUAUACAGUUGAAAACGUAUAGGAAAGGGACAAAAUGGCACAAAUGGAACAGCAGCUACCGAUACAGGUGCCGGACUUAAGCACCCUACGGAUUACAACCGCAGUCUCGAUGCUAGGAAAGGCUUACGGAUGCGGUCAAUGCAGCGCUCCGCCACCUGGGCCAACGUCCAGCUCCUCUGUAGGAAGUGGUGGGGCAUCAGGGAGCAACGUCGUAGCCUCGAGCUCCUUGGGUUUGGUUCCCACACAACAGACACACACACCUCCUCAGCCGCCUGACCUACCCAAAGAGAAAGACGAUGAUUCUGAUGAGCAACAAACCAUUCCAGUGUUUUCAUGCCCAAGAAGACCGAACAUCGGAAGAGAGGGCAGGCCGAUAAGCCUGAGAGCUAAUCAUUUUCAAAUAACGAUGCCGAGAGGGUUUGUCCAUCAUUAUGAUAUCAACAUACAACCAGACAAAUGCCCCAGAAAAGUGAACAGGGAAAUCAUUGAGACUAUGGUCCACGCUUACAGCAAGAUAUUCGGCACUCUAAAACCCGUUUUCGAUGGUAGAAAUAAUCUUUACACUAGAGACCCGUUGCCUAUUGGCAAUGACAGGAUAGAACUUGAGGUGACUCUGCCUGGUGAAGGCAAAGACAGAGUGUUUCGAGUAGUUAUAAAGUGGGUGGCUCAAGUGUCUCUCUUUGCGUUGGAAGAGGCUCUGGAAGGACGGACCAGGCAAAUUCCCUACGACGCUAUUCUUGCUCUGGACGUUGUAAUGCGGCACCUACCAUCCAUGACUUACACUCCCGUCGGCAGGUCAUUUUUCAGCAGUCCGGAUGGCUACUAUCAUCCGCUCGGCGGCGGCAGAGAAGUUUGGUUUGGUUUUCAUCAGUCCGUCAGGCCCUCGCAGUGGAAAAUGAUGCUCAAUAUUGACGUUUCUGCAACGGCGUUCUACAAGGCGCAACCCGUAAUAGAAUUCAUGUGUGAGGUACUUGAUAUACGAGAUAUCAACGAUCAGCGUAAACCACUCACUGACUCUCAGAGGGUGAAGUUUACUAAAGAAAUAAAGGGCCUUAAAAUUGAAAUAACACAUUGUGGGACGAUGAGACGGAAAUACAGAGUGUGCAACGUCACCAGAAAGCCUGCACAAAUGCAAUCAUUUCCUCUGCAAUUAGAAAACGGACAAACAGUGGAAUGUACAGUUGCCAAAUACUUUUUAGACAAAUAUAAAAUGAAGCUAAGGUAUCCGCAUCUUCCAUGUCUUCAGGUCGGCCAAGAACACAAACACACUUACUUGCCGCUUGAGGUAUGCAACAUAGUGGCGGGACAACGUUGUAUAAAGAAAUUAACUGACAUGCAAACGUCAACGAUGAUCAAAGCGACAGCACGCUCGGCACCAGAUCGUGAACGCGAGAUAAACAACCUAGUCAGACGUGCAGACUUUAAUAAUGACUCCUACGUACAAGAAUUCGGUCUCACAAUAUCGAACAACAUGAUGGAAGUCAGAGGUCGUGUGUUACCGCCACCAAAAUUACAGUACGGAGGGCGUGUUAGUUCACUCAGUGGACAGACAAAACAGCAGGCACUGCCGAAUCAAGGUGUGUGGGACAUGAGAGGGAAGCAAUUUUUCACUGGAGUCGAAAUCCGAGUUUGGGCUAUAGCCUGUUUCGCACCGCAAAGAACUGUGCGCGAGGACGCGUUGCGAACUUUCACAACGCAGCUGCAGAAGAUAAGCAACGAUGCGGGAAUGCCGAUCAUUGGACAACCCUGCUUUUGCAAAUACGCCAACGGACCCGACCAAGUUGAACCCAUGUUUAGAUACCUAAAGACAACAUUCCAGGCUUUGCAGCUCGUCUGCGUUGUUCUACCGGGAAAAACUCCCGUCUACGCGGAGGUAAAGAGAGUCGGCGACACUUUGCUGGGCAUGGCGACGCAGUGUGUGCAGGCAAAGAACGUCAACAAAACGUCGCCGCAGACGCUGUCUAACCUGUGCCUAAAGAUAAACGUCAAACUGGGCGGCAUAAACAGCAUUUUAGUUCCGAGUAUCAGACCGAAGGUAUUUAACGAGCCUGUUAUAUUCCUCGGUGCUGAUGUCACUCAUCCGCCAGCUGGCGAUAACAAGAAACCAAGCAUUGCUGCUGUUGUCGGAAGCAUGGAUGCUCAUCCUUCAAGGUACGCAGCGACGGUGAGAGUUCAGCAGCACAGGCAGGAAAUCAUCCAGGAAUUAAGCUCCAUGGUCAGAGAGCUGCUUAUUAUGUUUUACAAAAGUACGGGUGGUUACAAACCUCACAGGAUAAUAUUGUACCGCGAUGGAGUGUCAGAGGGGCAAUUUUUGCAUGUACUUCAGCACGAACUGACGGCUAUUAGAGAAGCUUGUAUUAAAUUGGAGAGUGAGUACAAACCCGGCAUCACCUUUAUCGUCGUGCAAAAACGACACCACACGAGGCUGUUUUGUGCUGAUAAAAAGGAACAGAGCGGCAAGAGCGGAAACAUUCCUGCUGGGACUACUGUCGAUGUUUGCAUCACGCAUCCCACUGAAUUCGACUUUUAUUUAUGCAGCCACCAAGGCAUACAGGGCACGUCAAGGCCGUCGCACUACCACGUUUUGUGGGAUGACAAUCACUUUGAGAGUGACGAACUCCAGUGCCUUACGUAUCAGCUUUGUCACACUUACGUUAGGUGUACGAGAUCAGUCAGUAUUCCUGCGCCUGCUUACUACGCCCAUCUGGUCGCAUUCAGGGCCAGAUACCAUCUAGUAGAAAAGGAACACGAUAGAACGGGCAGUGCCAUGGAGACUAGAGGUAGGGAGGCUGAACGCAAUGCUGGCGAAAUGGACUGUGAAAAUGAACGAUCCGCGGAUUUUACCCGCCUGGCGGCGCUACCAAAACCGAUUCUCACUGGCGAAGGAUCGCAUCAAUCUGGUUGUAGCGAAGAUAGAACGCCGGGAGCAAUGGCGAGAGCCAUAACAGUGCAUGCGGACACAAAGCGAGUCAUGUACUUUGCGUAACUUGGGUCUGUGUUAUUUAUAAAUAUAUACAUACACACGCACGUUAUAUGAAGCGUUCAGCGACCGAAUAGGCUAACUUAUGUUGUCGAUAAGGCUCACUAUCUUAAGCUAUUUAAAAUGAGCCCUAUCGACAAUGUAGGUUAGGCUACUCUGAAACUGAACCCUUCAUACAUAGCACGUUAUGUUGAUUUCUAAUUAAAAAUGGUAGAGUAAAAAAAACCAAUUAAAUCAACAAAGAAAUAGGAGUAUAAUGCACGAAUAUAAUGCAAAAGUACGCAGAAUAGCGGAUAAAAAUUAGUUCAAAAACGACGCCACACAACACCAAAAAUAUCGCCGGAAACGGACUAACAAACAGAAAAAAAAGAAAACCGAACCAAACCCAAAAAAGAGAAAAAACGCUGUGCGUGAUAGCACAAAUAAAAAGGGAUAAAAUAAUGCUGAAUUAUUCACCGUUUAAUAACGCGCUUUCGCCAUAUCUUUACAUAUGUCGUUUUGGAAAACCAAUUAAUUCGAGAAUAAACGGUUUUUUUUUUCUCAUGACUGUACGUAGGCUAUACUUAGAAGUUGAAGAAAAAAAAGUUGACAAAUAAGACAAAAAGAAAAUACGAAACAAACUUAAAGUUGAGUCUAUAAGUAAGUAAAUAAUCAAUUUAGUGAACAACUUUACUUUUGACAAUCCUGCUUGAGUGAUAUAAUGUUCUCUUCGGUUUUUUAUCUACAUUCUCUUCUUACUUUACACAUUUUCGCUUUGAUUCUAAUUCAUUUUAAUAUUCCGUCGAUAGUAUCAUCGUUAUUAUUAAUGUUGUUAUUAGUAUUAUCACCACUAUUCUUGUAAAUUAUUGCCGUUUUUAUCAUUUUUUUAAUAUCUUCUCUCAGUUUUUCCACGCACACGCAUCUUUUAAGUUAAGUAACCAUUAGGGCUGUGCGAGUUCCCAAAAUCUUGGGAUAAAAAGUUCGGGUUCGGAACGGGUUUGUAUCGGAUCAGGUAGUUUUGGCGGUCUCGGAAUGGUCGGAAAAAGCAAAAUUUUGGCGAUUUCCGAAAACCUCGGGAACCAGAACCGAAACUAAUAAACUUUGCCCGACCCAACCCGCCCUAAAGAAUUGUGGCACCCGUACAGCCUUAGUAACCAUCGCUGUCGAUUAAUAGUAUUAUUAUAAUGCUUUUAUCUCGCUGUAUUUUUCUUUAUUUUAGAUUUUUUUUUAACGUGCUCGUAUUUUCACUCUGCCUGUCAGUUUGGCUCUUCAUCCUUUUUUUUUUCUCGCUUACUCGUGCGCCCGUAUAAAACAAAAUUAUAGAAGGACAAGAAGUAUAAAAGAAUUAAAAAGUAUCACUUGAAAAAAGGACCAACAAACAUCCAUCGAACAUGAAGAAAACACUCGAAAGUCGACACAAUAGAUACAGAUGUACAAAAGGAAAAAAUAGAGAUAGAUUUUACGACAGGCGAGUGAUAAAAUCUUCUUUAACGUAACACUAAAUAAAAGUAACAGUUACAAUCGUAAUAGUAAUAAUGAUAAAUAACGAUUAUUAUAAUAAAAGUAGGAGUUGUAGUAGUAGAAAUGGUAGUGGUAGUAGUAGUGAUAAAAAUAAGAAUAACGAGGGUAGUAACGAUUUUUGGAUUUUCAUUCGCAACAAAUGGCGAGGCCAGACAAUUUUGUAUUGAAGGAAUAAUUGUAGCGAGGGUAAAAGAAACAAAAGUAAAAGAGACGAAGAAAACUAAAUUUGUAAAUUGCAAUUUCAAUGUAUCUGAAUUUAAAAAUUCUCUCGCAAAGGUGCUGUUUAGGCUUUUUGUCAAUGAUGCAUUUUUUUUUAUUUUUUCUUUCUCCCUAUAACAUAAGACGGAGAGAAAAAUCGA